AUGAGUGAGGAGGAGCGGAAACGCAAUGGUGCUUUUAUGAGCCAGCUACCCCCUGAGCUGGAGAGGAAGAAGCUCUUCAAGCGAGACGGCAGCUCGUUCUCCCCGGAAGACCUGAAGGGGAAGUUGAUCGGCUACUAUUUCGGAGCGCAUUGGUGCGAUCAUUGCCGAGCUUUUACGCCGAAGCUCAAGGAGUUCUACGAGGCAGUAUAUCCGACCGGGCAAUUCGAGAUAGUUUGGGCUCCCUACGACAAGGUGGAGAAGGAGAUGCUCGACUACAUGAGUGAUGCGCACGGAAAUUGGCUCCGCCUGCCCUUCAAAGACGCACUAAUAGGAACAUUGGCGCGGAAAUGGCAUCUGAAUAGCAUCCCGAAUCUCGUGGUUGUCGCCCCGAAUGGGACUACGAUCAGCACCAAUGGACGCUGGGAUAUUGAGGGGAGGGCGCCGCUGGAUGUUCUACACGGAUGGUUGAAGAAGGCGGGGAUGGAGUAUGUAAUCAUCAAAACAACUCAUCCGGACGGCACGGUUUCGAUGGAGCGGAAGCUUGUGAACAAGAUGAACAAAGGAAUGGUGAAGAAUAUUAUCAAGGAUCACUUUGCUGGAAUGACGGCAAAUCCAAGCGGCGGCUCAACGACGACGCGCAUGCCGCCGGUCAGUAUU